AGCUGUCCAAUGGCCGUGCGUCACUUCCCCGUUAGCCACGCCCACCAGUAAACAUUAAAAGUUUAUUGGAGCGCGAGGAGGUUCGGUCUCACUCUUGGUACAGGAUACUUUAACUUCACUUCUCCGUUAAGAAGUGAUGUUUAACUAACAGGUCGAGCGCGAGACACCGGUUAUGUCUUUGGCGGAUCAGAGCCUGCAGUUUUUUCCGGUGAGCGCGCGGGUGUCGGUGCUCCGAGCGCGGGGCCUCCGGAUCAAGGGGAAAGAUGGCACUAAUGAUGCGUAUACGGCACUGCAGGCGGGCCGAGAGACGUUCCGCACACCGGUGGCGGAGAAGCUCGCGGAGCCGGUGUGGGGCGGGAACGACGCCGCUUUCAUCUUCACGCUACCGGCGGACAGCGCGCGCACCGAGGACGGCGUGCCCCUGCAGGUGCGCGUGUUUCACCGCGUCCCGCUCGGAGCGGACAAGUUGCUCGGACUGACCGUCGUUAACGUGCACGAGCUCCGGCAGAACAGCGCGCGCGAGAACCCGCAGUGGUUUAAGCUGUUAAAUAAGGCCGGGAAAGCCGACAAGGCGCGUGGUGAGGUUCUGCUGGACAUUCAGUUCCUGAAGAGCAGCAUGAGCGUCAGCAUGAUUGACCUCUCUGACAAAUCACACUCGCGCCUCGGAAAGUUUAAGGACAAACUGCGGGGCAAAAAGAAAGACGGGCUGAGCGACUCGGCCUCCGCCAUUUUGCCUUCGGUCAGUCAGAUUCUGACUGACAGUGAGGGAGAGAUGGACGGAGAGACGGAGGGAGAGUCGACAAAAAAGAAGAAGAACAAACUAAAGUCUCUCUUUGUUCCUAAAUCCAACAUGAAGCGUAACUCUCUGUCUCAAUCCAUGUCCUCUUUAAAGGCGCUUCCUGAUAAAAACUCCUCCAUCAGCUCUAGCACGUCCUCAGGCCUCAACGUGGACUCUUCAGAAGGAAAGAAAAAGAAGAAAUUUACUUUUUUAACACACAAGCGGAAUGGAAGCACAGACAGCAAGGCAUCCAAUCAUAGUGACUUAACCUUUGGCUCGGCCAAUCAGAAUCCUCCGCCACAGACUGAUAUAUGCGUAAAUGGGAGUCAUGUAUACAGAGAACAAAACCAGCCUGAAGAAGUGCAGGAAAUGGAGGAGGAUGAGGAGGGGGAGAAUGAGGAAGAAGAGGAGAGCUGGUCAAGAGAGGAAGAAGAACAGAAACGAUUGGAGGAAGAAAAGAGGAGGGAAAUUGAAGAGGAGAGAAUGAGGAAAGAGAAAGAGCAGCACAGAAAGGAAGAGGAGGAAAAAGAAAGGGUAAGGCACGAGAGAGAGAAAGAGGAGCAAAGAAGAAGAAAGGAGGAGGAAGAAAAUGAGAGGAUGAGGAUGGAGAGAGUGAAGGAAGAGGAAAGGAGGAGGAUGGAAGACCAAGAAAAAGAAAGGAUAAGGAUAGAGAAAGAGAGGGAAGAACAUAGGAGAAAGAUGGCAGAGGAGAAAGAAAGGAUUAGGAUGGAAAGAGAGAAGGAGGAAGAAGAAAGGAGAAGGAUGGAGGAGAAAGAAAAAGAGAUGAUAAGGAUGGAGAGAGAGAAGGAAGAACAAAGGAGGAAGAUGGCAGAGGAGAAAGAAAGGAUAAGGAUAGAAAGAGAGAAGGAAGAACAAAGGAGAAGGAUGGAGGAGGAAGAAAAAGAGAGGAUUAGGAUGGAGAGAGAGAAGGAAGAACAAAGGAGAAGGAUGGAGGAGGAAGAAAAAGAGAGGAUUAGGAUGGAGAGAGAGAAGGAAGAACAAAGGAGAAGAAUGGAGGAGGAAGAUAAAGAGAGGAUUAGGAUGGAGAGAGAGAAGGAAGAACAAAGGAGAAGGAUGGAUAAGGAAGAAAAAGAGAGGAUUAGGAUGGAGAGAGAGAAGGAAGAACAAAGAAGAAGGAUGGAGGAGGAAGAAAAAGAGAGGAUUAGGAUGGAGAAGGAAACCAAAGAACAAAGGAGAAGGAUUGAGGAGGAAGAAAAAGAAAGAAUUAGGAUGGAGAGAGAGAAGGAAGAACAACAGAGAAGAAUAAAUGCAGAAGAAAGAGAGAGGCCGUGGAUAGAGAAAGGGGAGGAAAAGAGAAAGUUGGAAGAGGAAGAAAGUAUGAGGAUGAAGAGAGAAAAGGAAGAACAGAUGAGAAGGUUGGAGGAGGAACAAAAAAAGAAAGCGGUGGAGGCAGAAGUGUUGAGGAGAAAGAUGGCAGAGGAGAAAGACAGGAAAAGGGCUGAGGAAGACGAAAAGAUGAGGAUUGCUGAAGAGGAAAGGAAGAAGGAAGAGAAGAAAAGAGCAGAAAGAGAACGAAUGAUGGAGGAGGAGAAAAAACUGAGAGAGGAGAAAAGGAUUGAAACGGAGAGGCGGUUAGCAAAUGAGAAAAAAGCCAGGGAGGAAGAAGAGAGAAAAGUAGCAGAAGAGAAGGAGAAACAACGGAAAGAAGAACAAGUCCGAGAAGAAAAAGAGAGGAAAAGGAGAAAAGAAGAGGAGCAGGAACUAAGGAAUAAGGAGAUGGAGGAAAGGAAAAAGAAGGAGAGAUUGGGAAUGGAAGAAACUUUAUUUGAAGAGAGCGUCAUCUCCCAGUCCACUGACUUCACACGUUCAGCCAGAAUCUCUGCUAAACCAAGUGUGUCUGUGUCUCAAGCGUCUAUGGUAAACUCCAACCCCUUUUGGGACGACGAUUUAGAUGCUGGCGUUUUUAUCAGUGUUGAAGAGAGAACUGCUAAAAAAGGACAUGCCCUAUUACCUCCACAAUUGACAGGACCGAAUGUUGCCUUCGGAGGUGCUCCUAAACAGCUUUCCCAUUCAAAAGAAGUCUCAAAACGUCAAGCACCUCAACCACCAGGUUUGCCAAAGAUGACCAGCUUUGAUCUAGGAAGGAAAGAGAGACAGCAUGAGAGCAACAUCUUGUCAGUCUCUCAAGAUGACAAUCAAGUUCUUACUAAUCCAUUCACAUGUGAUGAACCAGUGCCUGUAAAACACAAGAGACCAGCACCAAAACCAGGAAGUGGGAUAUCUGUGUCUAAAGAUGUUGGCAAUAUCCUAACAGAAAGAACUUCUCACCUUGAGAUAAUAGGAAGUGCUUCGAGUAUCAAAGAUAAUCCACCAAAUGAUAUUACAGUCGAAGAUGUCAGAAGUGACCUUACUUAUGAACUGUCAAAAAGAGAAGAACGUCUGGAGCACAUAGUUGAGCCCGACACUGCAAAACCAAACGCUCCAUCAUUUGCCAAUUGGGAUUUGUUUCCAGAACCUGUGGUUUGCAGAACUGAAGAACUGCCAAUCAUGGAAAGAUCUCAAAGAAAGUCUAGAGCUCCUCUUCCUCCAAGUAAACCCAAAAGAACUGGAGAUCACAGCACACAACAACAGCAACAAGCUCUUACAUAUAAGACUAACUUUGAGCAAGCCCAAGAGAACGCAUCUGUUUCUAGUAUGGAGACACCUGCAAACAACGCUCCUACAUUAUCCACUGUUUCAUCCUCUACGUUCACUUCACUUCAUGAUAAAUCCGGGUUGGUGGAGACGGGUUCUGGUUCUAGGUGGGGUAAAGUGGUACCCAAUGAUGCAGGUGAAGUAAGGGAAGAAGUUGCUCCCACCUCAGUAAUCAGGCAGCAUGCUGUGAAACCCCUGAGCACUGCACAGAAACAGCCUGAAACUCACGAAUCUAGAGUAACUGACAAAACACAGCCCAAUACAAAGGCUGUAGAAGAGGUGAUGAAAGGUCCGUAUUCUCAGUUGACACAGGCUGAGCUGAUCUCUCUGGUAUUGCGGCAACAGGAACAGAUUUCACAGCGUGAUACUAGGAUCAAGGAACUGGAGCAAUACAUUGAUAACCUGGUGGUGCGUGUGAUGGAGGAAAAACCAAGCAUUCUGAUGAACCUGAACACAAAGAACAAAUCUAUGUGAGCACUCGGACAACAGGAGGUGCUGAAGAAAGUGCAGAGUGAAUAAAUACUUGUAUGCUGACUUUUUGACAGAUCUCUGCCUAUGCUAAACUUGAUUUUGCUAGUAUCACAUUCACUGCAGUGCAAAGUCUAUGGUGUUAAAGUCUUUAUUACUGAGAUAAACACAUCAACAGGGGAUUUAUUCCUCCUCACAUUCAUAAACCUCUGCUAUUUCUACAUAUCAUGGGACAGAAUCAAAUAUAUAACAUUGUCUUUCUACUGUUUCCUGUUUUGUAAGUUCAGGUUUUGUUCACUAGUGGACAGAAUAAGAGCUCUUUGUACCUACUGUGAUUAAUAGUUCCUUUUUUGGUGAAACACUGAGUGUGUGUGGGGGGGACACACACCAAGAACACAAAAUAUUGCCUUAUUCAGGAUAUCGUGUAAAAUGCCUGCAAUAUGAGUGCAAUACAGUAUCCCUAAAGCACUUUAAUCUGACACGUUUUCUUCUUUUUGAAAUCUGUAAAUAUAAAUGAAUAUACAUACUUUACUUCUUUUCAUUUGAACGUUUGAAAUGAUGUUCAUUUUCAUUCUGGAAUAAAGAAUCACUUUGCAAUAGA